AUGUACCCAAUGUUUGCCAAAUAUUAUCCCAAGAGAAAGGAUAUCUUGUGGAUCCAUCAACACAGUAAAUCUGGGUUAGCAGUUGGUCGUGGCAGAAAUCUCCCCAGGAAAUCUUGUCGAGGCAGAGGACGUAAUAAGGUUUUCAAUGGAAAGAGGGGAGAGGCUUCGGUAUUGGAGGCAGAAUCCCUUAUUGAGGUUAUGGUGUACGAGACUCCAAUGCUCAACCAUUUGGGUGAUGAGAAGGGGGAGAGAAGCAAUGAAAGUUACAUGGAUCUAUGCCUAUCACAAUGGAUGUCCCAAGUUCCAAAUACUUUUCCAUCAGUGGAAGAGAUCUCAGAGUCGAAAAAACAGGCGGUGGUGGCUAGCCUUGAACAACCACAAGCUCCCUGUUGA